GGAAGGGCACUGCCUGGUUGUUCUGGGCCUCCUCCUCUCUGUGGAAGAGCCAAAUGCUCAUCUGUGCAGCCAGCUGAGGAUUUGGUGACCUUUGAGGAUGUGGCCGUGUGCUUCUCAGAAGAGGAGUGGGCUCUGCUGGAUCCGGGCCAACGGGCUCUGCACCGGGAGGUCAUGGAAGAGAACUACUGGAACCUGACCUCUCUGGAGAGGGAGACCAAGAAAGGGAGGAAACAGCAGAGAAGGAAAUCUGAAGCCCAACUGCACAGGAGGAAGAAUCCUACUGCUUCUGAAUGUUCCAAUUUCCAUGAAAUUCCAGUCCAAAAAGAGAGCCGUAGGGGAAACACAGGGAAUAAAUUCCCUGAAUGUUCAAAAAUCCCAUUUGGUAUAUCAAACCUUGGUGCCUCUCAAAGAAUAAGAAAUAGGGAGCAACUGUCGUCAGAGUAUAGGAACAGCUGGAGUCCGAACAACAAUCUUAUUUUACAGGAAAGGGUGGACUCAGAUAAUAAGCCACAUAAAUGUUCAGAGUGUGGGAAGAGCUUCAAUCGGUACUCGAACUUUACAUCCCAUCAAAGAAUUCACACUGGGGUACGACCGUAUAAGUGUUCGGCGUGUGGAAAGAGCUUCACCUGUAAGCAAAGCCUCACUAUGCAUCAAAGAAUCCACACUGGGGAGAAACCGUAUAAAUGCUCAGACUGUGGUAAGUGCUUCAUUCAGAAGGGACAACUCACUUCCCAUGAAAGGACCCACACAGGAGAGAAACCAUAUCAAUGCUUAGAGUGUGGAAAGAAUUUUAGGAAGAAGACCAGCCUUACUAACCAUCACAGAAUCCACACAGGGGACAAACCAUAUCGGUGCUCUGAGUGUGGAAAGAACUUCAGUCAUAAAGAGAGCCUUACUUCCCAUCAAAGAGUCCACACUGGGGAGAAACCAUACAAAUGCUCUGACUGUGGAAAGAGCUUCACUCAUAAGGAGACUCUAACCUACCAUCAAAGAACGCACACUGGGGAGAAACCAUAUAAAUGCUCAGAGUGUGGAAAGAGCUUCAAUUGCAGUUCACGCCUCACUUAUCAUCGAAGAACCCACACAGGGGAAAAACCAUAUAAAUGUUUAGAGUGUGGAAGGGGUUUCACCCAGAAGGAUAGUCUCACGUCCCAUCAAAGAAUCCACACAGGAGAGAAACCAUAUAAAUGCUUAGAGUGUGGGAAGAGUUACCAUCGCAACUCACACCUUACAUCCCAUCAAAGAAUUCACUCGGGGGAGAAACCAUAUAAAUGUUCAUACUGUGGGAAGGACUUUGUAUGGAGGUCAGAACUUAAGUCCCACCAAAGAAUCCACACUGGGGAGAAACCAUAUAAAUGCUCUGAGUGUGGAAAGAGCUUUAGUCAUAAUUCAAGCCUUGUUUCUCAUCAAAGAAUCCACACAGGAGAGAAACCAUAUAAAUGCUCAGAGUGUGGAAAGGGCUUUCGUAGCAGCUCAUACCUUACCUCGCAUCAAAGAAUCCACACAGGGGAGAAGCCAUACAAAUGCUCAGGGUGUGGAAAAUGCUACACUGACAAUUCACGCCUGACUUCCCAUCAAAGAAUCCACACUGGGGAAAAGCCGUAUAAGUGCCCAGAGUGUGGAAAGAGCUUCAGUCAGAAGGACAGCCUCACUUCCCAUCAAAGAAUCCACACCGGGGAGAAACCAUAUUCAUGCCCAGCCUGUGGAAAGAAAUUCCGUCAGAGCUCACACCUUACUUCUCAUCAAAGAAUCCACACAGGGGAGGAACCAUAUCAAUGCUCAACUUAUGGAAAGUCCCCUGAAGUCUUUGAGACUUUAAGAUUCUUGACAUAUUCUACAGUUUUACCAGAAUCGAGGUAUGUUUUCAGUCAUCAUCAGUGAU